UGACAAAUGUGUGGUUUCUGUCUUUAAAAAAAAAAAAGUUUUUAAAGGAGUGUGAUUAUGACAAGUCUGCGCAAUGUGCCUGUGAUACUGAGAGGAGAAUGAAUGGUCAUGUAAAGAGCAUGCAUUUUCAACAGUUUAUGGAACCAGCAACAACAUUACUCUCUCUCCUGCUGCUUAUGGCUGUUUAUUCAACAAGAACUGUGGCAGCAAGCAGAAACCAGCAGUGUUGGAAUUCUCUGCAACAGACUUUGAAGCAGACCAGACUCAUACACAAGGAAUCUGUUGACCUAAUCAAAACAUAUAAAGACUCUCAAGGAGACAUGUCAGAAUUCUUCUGCAAGGUGUCAAUGAACGACGUCCCCGAUUCCAACAUCUCUGGUAUGGAGCCCUCAGAGAGGAUAAUGAGCAUCUACACACACCUCCAAGUCUUCUUCCCACAUUUAAAACGUGUGUACGAACAGCAGACAGACUUACAGUCAUCUACGAGCCCACUGCUGGCCGAGCUCACCAGGGUCAGCAGUCGGAGCAGGUAUUUGGCUGCUCUCCUAAACAGCUUUUAUCAGAGCCUCUUCCCAAACCUGCCUCUACCGGAGCCUGCAGGGUGGCCGACGUCACUACCUCCACCUCAGAACAUCUUCCAGCAGAAGGUCUACGGCUGCGUGGUCCUGAAGACCUACAAGAAUUUCCUGUCAAAUGUUUCAAAGGAAUUGAGAUCUCUAAAAAGCAAAGUGUGCAGGAUAUAAUUAAACACAUUCUUUUUCUAAGGAUGACCUAAGGCUGGCCUUAGACAGUACAUUUCCAACAACACUUGUACUCACUGGGUUGAUAAAGACUUAAAAAGAAAUGUGAGGAUGAAGGUGGCUGGCACAUCAGUUAAUGGAGCCUAUUUAUGGUAUUUAUGGUAUUUAUUUUCUUGCAUGUUUCUGAUGAGAGGAAUGAGAAUGAGAAAAGAGUGUAAAGGUCUCUCUAUCCAAGUUUUGGUAGUGGUCUAUUUAAUAUGUUUGUAUAUUAUGUAAGUUAUGUAUGUUAAUGCAACCAUUACAUCAUUAAAACAUAUUUUUCU